CCGCCCCUCCGAGCCCGGCGGGAGAAACCCACUUGCGCCACUCGGUGACCCACCAGAAUGUCCAAACCGUCGCUCAGACUCCGCCGUGUGCCAACGCAGGGUUGGGGCAGCACGCCUGGGAUUGCUCCGCUGCUGCCGCUGCUGCUGUUGCUGCUGCCACUCCAGGCUGGGGCCAACUGCCCGUGCCAGGAUCCAGCGCUGUGCCAACCCAUCCGCAAGCACCCCAACUUCGAGGUCUUUGUGUUUGACGUUGGUGGCAAAACUUGGAAAUCUUAUGACUGGUCACAGAUUACAACUGUGGCACUUUUUGGAAAAUAUGACUCAGAACUUAUGUGCUAUGCUCAUGCAAAAGGAGCCAGAGUAGUGCUGAAAGGAGAUGUAUCCUUAAAGGAUAUCAUUGAUCCUAAUUUCAGAGCAUCCUGGAUAGCUCAACAAGUUAACUUGGCCAAAACACAAUAUAUGGAUGGAAUUAAUAUAGACAUAGAGCAAGAAGUUAAUUAUUCAACACCUGAAUAUGAUGCACUGACUGCUUUAGUCCAAGAAACUGCAGAUGCUUUCCAUCAUGAAAUUGAGGGAUCACAGGUAACCUUUGAUGUAGCUUGGUCUCCAAAGUGCAUAGACAGAAGGUGCUAUAAUUAUACUGGAAUUGCAGAUGCUUGUGACUUUCUCUUUGUGAUGUCUUAUGAUGAACAAAGUCAGGUCUGGUCAGAAUGUAUGGCAGCAGCCAAUGCUCCCUGUAAUCAGACAUUAACUGCAUAUGAUGACUACAUCAAGAUGGGCAUUAACCCCAAGAAACUUGUAAUGGGUCUUCCCUGGUAUGGUUAUGAUUAUACCUGCCUGACUCUAUCAGAGGAUCACGUUUGCACCAUUGCAAAAGUCCCUUUCCGGGGAGCUCCUUGUAGUGAUGCGGCAGGACGUCAGGUGCCCUAUAAAGUAAUUAUGAAGCAAGUAAACAGUUCUAUUUCUGGAAUCCUGUGGGAUGAAAAUCAAAAGUCUCCAUAUUAUAACUAUAAAGACUCUGCUGGCCGUUUUCAUCAAGUGUGGUAUGAUAACCCGAAGAGCAUUUCUUUAAAGGCAACAUAUACACAAACCCGUGGCUUACGGGGCAUUGGCAUGUGGAAUGCUAACUGCCUAGACUACUCUGAAGAUGCUAUAGCCAAACAGCAAACUGAAGAAAUGUGGAAAGUCUUAAAACCGAAGCUGUGACGUAUGUGAACAUCUUUUGUCAAACUUAAGAUUUAGAAAAUGAUCUAUGUAAACAGAUCUGGUUUCUUGAAGAGACAAAAGAAUUUAUGUUUUUGUCAUGUACCUAUAUAUGUUACUUAUCAGUAUAAUUAAAAACAGACAAAGAAUAAAGAGAUAUUUUCAUUGUUUAUAUUUGAAGAUGUAUAGAUAUCUUAAUUAUCCAGCAACAUAAAGGUAAGAAGUCAACAUCCUAUAUUAAUUAUUCCUCUAUAAGAUGCUUUAAUACUAUAAUUAGGAACUACUGCUUUCAAAAUUUUAUUAUGCUAUUUUCCCCUUAAUAUUAACAUGUAUGCUUACAAAUAAAUGCUAAUUUUUAAAUAUGUGUAAUUUGAAGUGAAAAUAUUUGCUUAGAAUAGAUUUUUUAAAACCUAGUCUUUGAGAAGCAGUUUACUUUGUACUUUUUUUCAAUAAAUCUAAACUUAAACCCUGCAAUUCAUUCUCCUCUUUAGGUUCAUCACACUGCUGUAAAUAGUUUUCCUGACUCCAUAUGAUACUCAUGCUCUCUGAGGCAUAUGAGUUAAACUCAAACCUCUGGAGAGAGAGGGGAAGGAAUAUAAAAGAUUAAAAUGCAAAGUACAAGAAGAUAAUUUAGUAAUAUUUUUAAUUAAUAGGUUAGAGCUACCUAUUAUUUUCCGACUAGAUUUUUACAUGUAGUUAUGGAUGACAUUUUUUAUGUGUGGGUAUAUCUGAUAUAGGAUAUCAGAUACAAUAGGAAAAGCUUGCUGUUGAACCUGAUUCUACCCUUUGUCACAUACCCUUCAUCUGUUGUCAUUUACCCUUCCAAUUACUAAUAUUCCUUCACUUAUGGGCAUCUAUACUUUACUUCUUGGCUAGUUUUCUUUUCAUGGUUAAAUUUUUAUUUUUAUGUAUCUGCAUUUUACUUUAAAUUAUCUAAAGAUCCUGUUUUCUCAAACAGUUCCUCUUUCGAAAAGAGAUAUUUUGUGCAAAGAACCUUUAUAAAUGUUCUUUAUCUCAAGGCAAUUAAGAAGAACAUUGUGUGCACUUUACUAGUUCCUUUAAAUACUUAGACUAAAAGUCUGUAUCCUUGAACUCUGGACUUACACAAAUCCUGCAUUCCCUGCACAUUUUCCCCUCUAAACUGAAAUAAAUGAUGACUCAGUCAUCUGUUAUGAGAGUAUUCCAUCUCCUACUUACACAGUUAUUAUGGCAGAGGAACAACAACCACUUUCCAUACAAUUUGCUGAAUUUUUAGUGUCUUUAUAUAAAUUACUAAAAAAUUUAAAUUCUUAGAUACUAAACUGUCAUAACUCUGAAUGCAAGUUCAAUAUCCUUAUUCUUUUGUAUUUCCAGAUUGCUUUUAAUUAAAGUGCAAUGAGUACAUUAAACAGUACCUAUUUAUAUGCAAAUAUAUUCCUAUUUAUUAAGAAUAUGAUUUAAAUCAUAUUUACAGUCAUAUUAGCUACAUUUAAGAUCAUUUAACAAUAACCAAAUGGACACCAUUUUACUUUUAUAUAUCUGUUUCCUGAAAUCCUUUUUAUUACCAAAGGAUUUGGUGAAAAAUAUAAACUUUAUGAUUUACAUAAAAUAUUGCCAUGGAGAACAAAUGUCAAACAAAUCUGAUCAAAUAAAUAUUUAAUAUUUUACAUACCUAAUUGAAGUUGUAAAGAUGUAUUAAUAUUUUUCUGUGUCAGUGCAGCUUUCAGUGUGGAUACAUCUGAAAUUGCUUGUUUUCUCAUCUAUAAAAUGAAUUAUUUUUCAUAAAUGAACUUCAUUUUACCCAUCUUAAAUUACAUAAUUGUCAUCUGAAUGAAGGUUUUUUUGUAACUGUUUUAACUGUCUUCUUUCAUUUCCCUUUAAUGCCUUCACUUGCACUGAAUUACUAGGUUAAACUUAUAAAUCAAAAGUCCUGCUUAUUUACUGCUGGGUAGCCUAUCAAAUAAUUUUACUUAAUAACAUAGUCAUAAUAAAAUUAAACUGUUCUAAAAAACCUAAAGUGAAACAAUUUUUUAUCUUUUGCUAAAGCUUCAAACCUUGUUCUAAAGUGAAAAGGAAUAGUUAAAAAAACCAUAAUUACAAAAAACCUUAAUUCCUAGCCCUGAGAAACCAAAGUUAAGAAACAUAAUACAGUAGUGUUAUUCCACUCUUCUAAGUGAAUUAAUCUCCUUGAUUUUACCAAAAAUGUUAUUGAGACCGAUACUACUACUUAUCCCCUUUUUACAGUUGAGCAAACUGAGAUGCCUAGAAGUUAAGUAACUCACUCCAGGUAUAAAACUAGUAAGUGGCACAGCCAGGAUUUAAACUCAAACCAGUCUGGUGCCACAGCCCUUACUAUUCCAUGUAUUGUCUGUGGACCAAAGCAUUCAUAUCACCUCGGAGCUUCUUAGGAAUGACGACUCUCAGGCUUCACCCCAGGACUGUUAAGUCAGACACAGGUGAUUUCACAUUGAACUUCGAGAAGCACUGCUUAUGCUAUACCAACUUGAAUAUGGUUGCAACAGACUCUGGCUAGGUUUCUUGCCCCUCAGUUCUGACUCUUAUAGGUAAGUUUGAAGUAAAUUAUUCCAAAUAUAAUAAUAAAUAAUAAUGAUGUCUACUAUGUGCCAAUUAGACACUAUGGUUAAAUGUAGAAUUUUCCCCCCAAUCUGUAUGCUGAAAACUGUUCUCUUUUUCCUAUUAGUCUUUCCUCUUUUUUGUGCUAGAAAUUCUGAUAUGGGUUAAAACCAUUCAUAAGUGAUAUUUAUAAGGUUAAAAUAUACAAAGAUGCUAAGAUCUAAUGUGUAUCCUUUCCAAAA